CAUGCUGGAUUGCGGGGUUUCAGUUCCUCGGCCUCCCUCCACCUCUCUCUCUCUCUCGCACUCGCACACAACGCACUCUUUUGUCUUCUCUCCUGCUCCCCUGCCUCCCUGUCAAGCUUACAACCAGCUGCAGCUCUCCCCGCUUCCGCACCUCUCCUGCACAGAGAUUUGCUGCUCCUCUUGUCGGCAGGCUCGAUUCCUGGUUGCAUUCCGCAGCAGCACCUCGAUCUGCUCCUCUGCCAGUGCCAGUCGAGAGAUUCGAUUGAUGUGGUGUGCUCUUGGAGCCAGGGGCUAUUUGGCACUAGCUUUCCGUGCUUCCACCCCCGACCUUGAUGAGGCUCUCCCAUUGCGAGAGCCACUGCGCCGGUCCCUUCCGCCUCAUCCCCUGCCUCCCCCAAUCCAAAGAUGCGAGCCGCGACGCUGCCGCCGCCUCUCCGCCGGCUCCGCGCCCAGCCGCUGUCGCCGAGGAGGAGCCGCCUCCGGUUCAGAAGGUAGAGGCGCCGGUAGCCGCCGGAAGGGACGACGACGCUGAGAAGCGCGAGGAUGUGGAGAAGGCGCCGGCGCUGGGUAAGAGUUGCCUGAAGAAAACCAGCUGCGGCGAUGACGAGUGCGCCGACAAAGGCAAUGUAAAGUGGCUGGAUUUGAUCGGGAAAGAUCUGGCAGAGAUUAAGGAGUACGAGCCAAGGCGGAGACUUGCUUGACGACGGAGACGGCAUCUCGACAUGUGUUUGCGCUAUCCAAUGAGUCAAGAAGGACCCCGCUCAUUCUCGACCAUGGUGUGUUCUUUCCCGUGGAGGGCCAGGGUGUCUUCUUGUUUAUUAUCCUCCAUGAGAUCCACCGGAAUCACUUGCUGGGUGUAAACCAGUCUCAUCAGCAGUACAUGCCGCUACAGAUGCUUCGUAGCCUAGCCGUAGAUUUGUAGUAUCAGUUUGUCAGAUCUGUGUGCAGCUGGUUUUCAGAGUUGUGUUAGUGCAGGCAGGAUGUUGCCUUUCUGUAAAGCUUUCAUACUAGUAGGAGAAAAUUAGCUUAGUUCAAUCUCAUCUCGAGAUAUAAAUUGGAAACAAAUCAUCUUAUUUGAAGAAUGAUAGUGACACACCGUGUGGUAA